CGGGAGAGGCGCGCAGCCGGAGCCCAGCGCGGCCGCAGGAGCCCCUCACUCGCCAUGCCCGCCGACGGGGAGCUGCUGAGCGGCCCCGCCGCCUGCCCGGAGCCCGGCGAGCAGCAGUACCUGCAGCAGGUGCGGCACAUCCUGCAGCACGGCCACCGGCGGGAGGAUCGCACCGGCACCGGCACCAUCUCCGUGUUCGGCAUGCAGGCACGGUACAGCCUCAGAGAUCAGUUUCCACUGCUCACAACGAAGAGGGUGUUCUGGAAGGGAGUGCUGGAGGAGCUGCUGUGGUUCAUCAAGGGUUCUACAAAUGCCAAAGAGCUCUCUGCUAAAGGUGUGAAGAUUUGGGAUGCUAAUGGGUCGCGUGAGUUCCUGGAUAAGCAGGGUUUCAGCACCAGAGAGGAGGGUGAUUUGGGACCAGUGUAUGGUUUCCAGUGGAGGCAUUUUGGAGCAGAAUACAAAGAUAUGCACACAGAUUACUCCAACCAAGGAGUUGAUCAGUUGCAAAAAGUGAUUGAAACAAUCAAAACCAAUCCAGAUGACAGAAGAAUCAUUAUGUGUGCUUGGAAUCCCAAAGAUAUUUCCCUGAUGGCUUUGCCUCCGUGCCAUGCCCUUUGCCAGUUCUAUGUUCUAAAUGGUGAAUUGUCUUGCCAACUCUAUCAGAGGUCUGGAGACAUGGGACUAGGAGUGCCUUUUAAUAUUGCCAGCUAUUCACUGCUCACGUACAUGAUUGCCCAUGUCACAGGGCUGAAGCCUGGAGAGUUCAUACACACCUUAGGAGAUGCUCACAUAUAUCUGAACCAUGUGGAACCUCUAAAAGUCCAACUUCAGAGGGAGCCAAGACCUUUCCCCAAACUCAGAAUUCUUCGUGAGAUUAAAGACAUCAGCGACUUCCAGGCAGAAGACUUUCAGAUUGAAGAUUAUAAUCCUCAUCCACCUAUUAAAAUGGAGAUGGCUGUCUAAUGCCAUAAUCCAGCAUUCAGAAGGUGGAAAUGUACCUAAGCUAGACUCUCUAAACUGGUGGGGCUUUUGUAUACUUCAAAAGGUAUUUGCUUUGUUGUUAAGUAGUCACAGACCAGAUUUGCCUUCAGUGCUGCUACCCUGGAGUUGUACAGGAGAGGUGAUUAUUCCUGAUAUGCCACGCAGAUGUUAACCCAGUUUUAAGUUGUGAGAGAGCUGCUUUUCUACACAUAGCUUCAGGUGCCAGUGGCCAUUUCUGUUACCAUUCAGUUACUGUGUGUGAGUAGCAAGGGCUUACAUGCUUGAUUUGGUACUGAAAAUAAGAACUUAUAUGUGUGAUAGAGGGUUCCUUCAGGGUGGGAUAAAUUGUUAAAUAUAUUCUAAAGAGUGUAUGUUUAAUAAAGCUUUUUUUAAAAAAUC